GAAGAUUUUGCUCUCCCUAAAACAUGGCUGGGUCUGCAUCCACAACAUUCAUUACCUUGGCAAUCAUUUUUUCCAUCGCAGUAACUUUCACAAAUGUUGUCGAUGGAUUGACUGCGGAAAAAGUAAUUGACUCUCCCCUGUUGACCCAAAAGAUUAACACCAACCGCACCAUCAAGGUCGAUGUCAAUGGCAAGGGAGAUUUCAAAUCAGUUCAGGCUGCCAUUGAUUCUGUUCCUGAAGGAAAUAAUAAGUGGAUCAUCAUUCAUGUUAGGAAAGGGGUGUACAGAGAAAAGGUGAUCGUACCACGUAGUAAGCCCUAUAUAUUCAUGAGAGGAAAUGGGAAGGGAAGGUCCGCCAUUGUCUGGUCCCAAAGCUCUUCGGACAAUGUCGAAUCUGCUACUUUCAGCGUCGAAGCUCCCCACUUCAUUGCCUUUGGGAUUAGCUUCAAGAAUGAGGCUCCCACAGGCGUGGCUUACACCUCGCAGAACCAGUCAGUGGCAGCAUUUGUGGCAGCAGACAAAGUAGCAUUUUACCAUUGUGCAUUUUACAGUACCCAUAACACCCUCUUCGAUUAUAGGGGCAGGCAUUAUUAUGAUAACUGCUACAUCCAAGGCUCAAUCGACUUCAUCUUUGGACGUGGUAAAUCUAUCUUCCACGCCUGUGAGAUCUUUGUGAUUGGAGACAAAAGGGUGUCAAUUAAGGGGUCUGUGACAGCUCAAAAUAGGGAGAGCGAGAAGGAGAACAGUGGGUUUGUGUUCAACAAGGGCAAGCUGUAUGGUGUUGGGGACACUGUGUAUCUUGGCAGGGCCAAGGGUGCCUUUUCCAGAGUAGUUUAUGCACACAUGUACCUCUCCAAGACCGUCGUGCCUCAAGGCUGGACCAAUUGGAGCUAUUCUGGCGGCAUAGAAAACUUAUACCAUGCGGAAUAUAAAUGCAAAGGGCCGGGAGCCGAGGCUGGAGGGCGAGCUGAAUGGGCCAAACAACUCACUGAAAAAGAAGCUGCCCCCUUCUUGUCUAUCGACUUCAUCAAUGGCCAGGAAUGGCUCCCAGUGUGGCUAUGAAUUAAUUGAUGUCUGUUUGUUCAUGAACCUCGAUCAUUAGAUCAUUAACCAGGAGUUUACGACAUUGAUCGAACAUGCAAUGCAAGAGGCUCAUAUAUGUUUGAUUAAUCCCUAUAAUAUCUUUCCAUACAAAUGUAAAACUCUGUAUUAUAAUCAAAACUUACAUUAUUCAGAUACAUGGUUCUAUCCAAUCCACUAUCCCAUCAAUUGCUAGCUA